AAAAGCUUGAUCCAUGUGAAAUAUUUGUACUUAAUAUUGAUGAAUGCAAAAAUCUGGAAAGAUUUAACUCAUUAAAUAGUACACCUCAGUGGCCUUUCAACUUAUUAGUAUCGGGGCAAACUAGAUCAGGAAAAACUAAUAUGAUUAUUAGUUUCUUACUUGGGAAUAAGAUGUUUUGA